AUGCUUGCGACACUGAAAUCCAGCAACAAAUUCGACCAUGACGAAGAAACGGAUAUUUUGAUCGUUGGGUCAGGCGCAGCCGCCCUCACUGCAGCCCUCCGAGCACACGCCAAAGGCCUCCGGGCAACAAUAAUAGAGAAGCGCAAUACGGUUGGUGGUGCGAGUGCAAUAUCCGGAGGCGGCCUUUGGAUCCCCGUGAAUUCUGUGUCCAAAGCUGCUGGGAUUCAAGACAGUAAAGAAGCAGCUUUGAGAUACAUGGACCAGGUUGUUGGCGAUGUCGGCCCAGCCUCGUCCUCCGCCCGCCGACACGCGUACUUGGACAAUGGUCCAAAGAUGAUCGACUUUCUGCAAGAAAUAGGCUUCCAAUUUCGGUUCAGCAAGGGCUAUCCGGACUACUAUCCAAACGCAGAGGGCGGCAUGGGGGUUGGCGGAGGCCGAACGAUCGAGUCGAAACCAUUCAAUCUGAAAAAGCUCGGCAACUGGCAGAAAUGGCUUCCUACAAACAAAUCCCCGCCAAUCCAGACAAACGAUGCAGGUACUAUCACGCGGAUGACCUCUUCGCCCGGCGCGUUUCUUUACACUGCACGGAAAAUGAUCCCCCUCAUGAUAAGAGCCAUGGCAGGUCAGAAGCUUACAUCCAUGGGCCAUGGGCUAGUGGCACAGCUCUUAUAUCUCAACAAGUUACAGGGUACAGACAUCCGUCUUGAAACGGCUUUUGUUGAUCUCAUCAACGGGCCAAACGGUAGCAUCACUGGGGUCAGAGUCAAGACCAAGGACGAAAUAAGAACUAUCCGUGCCAAGCGUGGUGUGGUGCUCGCUGCAGGAGGUUUCGCCCAUAACUGGGAAAUGCGGGAAAAAUACCUUCCAUCGCCUUCAAAUACGCAGUGGACUAUGACACCAGACGGAGAUACUGGAGAUGGUAUGCUCGCUGGGGUGGACGUGGGCGCCGCAACAGCUCUGAUGGACGAUGCGUGGUGGACACCGACCAUCUUUGAUCCAGUCACUGGCGCAUGUUUCUUCACCCUCACAGAACGAGCGCGACCAUAUUGCAUCAUCGUCGAUGCGAGUGGCCAACGGUUUAUGAACGAGGCGCAAUCCUAUACAGCUGCGGGACAGGAUCAGUACGCGCGCAACCGGAAUGUCAAGGCAAUCCCGGCCUGGAUGGUGAUGGAUUGCAACCACCGGAAUCGGUACAUGCUUGGGACUUUGUUCGCCCGAGCGGAUACUAAGAAGGCUAUUGCUGCAGGCAGAUUAUUCAGGGCCGAUACUAUCGAGGGCUUGGCCGAUCAGAUCCAGAUUGAUCCGCAAGGACUAGCAGCAACUAUUCAGAAAUACAACGGCAUGUGCAAAACAGGCAUCGAUUCAGACUUCGGAAAGGGCAACAGCGCAUAUGACAACUAUUUCGGCGAUCCCAUGGUAGGUCCGAACCCGAAUAUGGGUCCACUGGAAAAGUCACCAUUUUAUGCCAUACAGGUCUGGCCUGGUGACAUAGGAACCAAGGGCGGGUUGUUGACCGAUGAGUUUCAAAGAGUCUUGGGAAAGGAUGGUACUGUGAUUAAAGGGCUCUAUGCGAUUGGCAAUACAUCUGCGAGUAUCAUGGGACGCACGUAUCCUGGGGCUGGGGCGACACUAGGACCAGCAAUGACGCAUGGGUUUGUUAGUGUUGAUGACAUAGCUAGCAGAACUUGA